AUGUCGAUCUUCAUUCUCUAUUGUUUUAUAAUCGAAAAUACAGUUUCCGUUGCCGAAGAAAGAACAACGUUAUGCGAUAAUAGAAACUCAUCGCAAACAUCAUUUGAGUACUCGCUGGACACAACACUUUCGGAUGUGCUCGGAAAGCCACAUCUUUGCUGCGAAAGGACACCCAUAGGGUGGAACGAGGGCGAGCUUGUAGAGCAGGACAACAUUCUGGACAUUCUCAAGCAGGUUUAUUGCCGUUCAAUCACACACUUUGCCGAUUUCGUUGCUGUUUGCCCUGAAUUGAACCUUCUAGAGGACAAAGAUAGGCUUUCCAUCUGCAGUGCAAAUUAUUGUGGUGUUGUGCUACUUACGAUGGUCUAUAACGCAUAUCUAAACGGUGUUGAAGGAGUGCUAUUUCCUCAUGGAUUCAAAUACAGUCUAUGGCAAAAGAGGGAAUGUGAUCAUGAGUGA